UCAGCUCAACCAACUCCUCACCCUCAUUCACACGGCAAUAAAACGCCGUAGUACUGAUCGUUACAAAUCUCAUCACAUGGUUUCCGAGUCAAGAAGAAUUACACGUCCCGAAGAGCGAGCUAGCGAGAGACUAAGCUAUGGCGGAUUCCACCAACCAGCUCAAGUCCGACGCCUUGCUGGAGCAGAUGAAGCAACACCUGGCCUCCGAUGCCGGCAAGGAGCUCACCAAGAAGAUCAACCUCGUCUAUCAGUUCAACAUCGCUCCUAAGAAAAUCGGAUUCGAUGAGGUAAUCUACACCGUUGAUCUGAAGAAGGGGGAGGUCUGCAAAGGGCCAUACGAGGGAGGAAAGCCCGAUGCCACGUUUUCCUUCAAGGAUGAGGAUUUUGUUAAGGUUGCCUUGGGGAAGAUGAAUCCUCAAAUUGCUUUCAUGAGGGGUGCUAUGAAGAUUAAGGGCAGUCUGAGUGCAGCACAGAAAUUCACUCCUGACAUUUUCCCGAAGCCUUCAAAGAUGUGAGCUGAUAUGUUGGGGGGUUAAUUACAUUAGGCUUCCAUCCAUUAUCUCUAUGAAACGGUAGAGCUUUAGACUGAAGUAUUUUAUCAAUAUCUGUCUUCAAUAUAUUGCAUAAUCUUUCUUGUGUAGCAGUAGCAUGGUGUGAAUCAGGAAGCUUUUCAUUCCUGGUGGACCUUGAAAUAUAAAGAUGCAAAAUCUUCUUUGCCGGCCAAUUUGGACGUGCUUGUUUCUUAAAUUCAAUCUAUGUGUGAAUUGUUGA